AUGCAAUUCAAAGAGUUCAAUGCAACGGUUGCUGCACCCGCUAACCGUGACCAGGAGAGCCCCCACGAGCAACAGCAGAGUCUACUUCUCUCGCGCAUUAUCACCAAUGUCGAGAAACUCAACGAGGCGAUCAUGGUGUUGAAUGGAAAUCUGCAGGAAGUCAACGUGCAAAACAUGAAUGUCGAGCUGGUGGCGCAGAUGUUUAAGAAUUACCAGUCGAAUGUGCUUUUCCAUCUAGAAGCCACGGAGGAGUUGAAGGAGUCAACAUAG